AUGAGUGAGCCAAAUCUUAAUAAUAUACCGGUUCUUGUUACUAGCAAUGAUCUUAGGAAUGUACCAUCUCAUGUUAUAAAUUAUGUUGACGACUUUAUGGUUAACUACUCUUUAAUCGGUGUCUCUGAUAAUAAACAUAUUAUUUUAGGAUGGCAAAGACAUUGUUAUGUUGAUGUAUUCAAUGAUGCCAAUACGUAUGGUAUAGUUGAUGUAAAUUUUAUUUCAUCAAAGAGACAAGAACGCUUGCUUAUUAAAUUUUAUAACAUUUCCUAUCUUAUGGUUCCACACUUUUGUAACAUUCCGAUAAAUGCAAGAAAGUUAUUUCAACUUAGAUUAGAUGAUACAUCAGAAAAAUACCUAUAUCCUAAUGUUAUUAUCUCUGAUUUUAUUGUGGGUGUUUGGGACAACAAAGUAUGGAUUCAAUCUUUGGUUAAAGAUGCUAAAGAAUGGAUUGAUUAUUUACGUAAAGAGCUCAAUGACUAUAAUAGAAUUAGUGUACAUUUUUGUGCUAAAGAAAUAGAAUUAACGAUAAAAAGCACUUUGGCAAGGGCUAAAUCUUGUUUAGAUGAUAAUCUAACUAAAGUCAUUAAAAAAAAAAGUUAUUAUAAUGGGUAUUUAUUUACUUGGAUUGUUGAAGAAACUGAUGAAAAUACUUUUCUAACAGCUUGGAAGUUUGAUCAUGAAGCUUUAGUGUGGAACAAAGUUGGAAAUAAGAUACAAACUUUUCUAUCUGAACUUAAAUUGCUUACUAGUGAAGAUAUAAUGGCAAUUUCUCAAAAAGGUAUAUAUAUUUGGACUGCAGAUAUUGGAAAUGAAAUCAAGUUACUUUUUUAUUGGGGCUCUAUUCGACUCGUUAAACCUAAAACUCAUUAUGAAUUAAUUUAUGAUCAGCUUAAUUUUCUUAACAAAAGAUUGGUGUUUUCUAAAAAUUCUUUACCUCCUCCAAGUUUUAGUCAAUUAAUUUCUCAUCCAUCGUUCGAUUGUUAUAUGGAUACAAAUACUAGAACAUGGUUUUUAUUUGAAGAUUUAUUAGAUUACUACAUGAAUGAUAUGUUCUGUUUAUCAUUAUAUGGAAUAAUUAUGAUCCGAACAUUAAUUCGAAAAAAACAAUUUGACAAAGUUAUAAAAGCUUUUGAUCAAUCUCUUGAACAAGCUUUAUUGUCGAUUAAAGACGGAAAUAUUUACACAUUCACUGAAAUAAUUGAUAAUAUUUCCGCCUUACUUAUAGAUUUAGAAUUAUUUGAUGAAAAUUUUGGUUUUUCAGAUCGAUAUUUAUCAAAAACUGCAUUAUUACUUCCCGAUUCUUUUAAAAAGAUGUUUUUAAGUAAAAAUUCACUUUCAUCCCAUCUUAUGUAUUGUGGAACUUAUGUUAAUUUAUCAAAAGUUUCUUUUAUCGAUUAUAUAUCUGUUUGGAUUUAUUUCAAUUGGAAAUUUCUUAUAUCUAAAUUUCCUCAAAUAGAUAUAAUUUUUAAUUUUUUUUAUUCAGCAUAUUUUAUUUCAUACCCUCGAAAAACUGUUAAAUUAUUAAUUCCUACCGCAAAUUUUGCUACAUAUUCUAAUGAUUAUUCUAUUUGGAAAGAAUUAAUGUAUCCACCAACUAAUUUUUUUACUUGUUUAGAUUCUCCUGAUCAAUUUACAUGGUGGAAUAUUAAAGCUUUAAUUAAUUUUAAAUGGGAAACUUAUGGGAAACGUUAUUAUUACAUGAUAUGGGUUACUUAUUCAAUAUUUAUGUUAUGUUUUAUUUUCAUUGCAACUAUACCAGGAGAUUCAAUAUCUUGGACUCAUUAUCAAAUUUUUCGAAUAAUAUCAAUUACUCUUGGUUUCUUUUUUCUCACUUUUGAAAUUC